AUGUCGCCUACGAAGCCCGAGGAUGGCAGAGACCCGCAAGAUGUCUCAGGGUCAGAGGCUGAGGUCCUGGCAGAGUUCAAACAGUUCGCCAUGCAACAGCGAGUAAAUGCAGAGAAAGCAAGAUUGAUAAAGAAAAAACAAGACAAAGAAGUGCGAUUGACAGAGUUGAAGAAAUUUGCCCGAAGUUUCAAGCUGCACACUCCAGUGCCAUCCGAUCUGGUUGAUAUUCUUUCUAAUGACCCUUCCAAGCAGAAGGAGAUAAUUGAAAAGGCUAGGCGUGAUGCAGAACCUUUCCCGAAUGAGAAAGCAGAAUUAGCCAAGACUAAAGAGGUCACCGAGGCCGUGAAGCAGAGCCCGCAGCCUCAGAGGGACCACGAGACAGUACACCAGCUCCCACAACCCUUUUCAUGGGCCGAUGUGGUGCGUGGCGCGUCUUUGAAAGUCGAUGAGCCAAUUGCACCCAUUUCUAGUCCUAGGGGCAAUGAACCGGCAACAAGCGUCUAUUCUUCAUCCAUUAGUGGCUUCACGAGGACUACCGAGGCAACGCAAACGACAACGUUGACUUCGGUGUCUGGUCGGUCUAAGGCUGUGCGUCACAACCAAGUUCAAAACCCAAAUCCUUCUUUAGGAAUCCUCGGGGACAUUCAAGAAGUUGAAGAAAAUCCACCAUCCGUACUGGGCCAGAAUAAGUCGCGACUAUUACCACAGGAUGAGCCCUAUGAUAAGGACGACGAAUCGCUCAUCUCGCAAACAUCAACGACCUACACCCCGGAGCAGAGAGAUGAUGUCAUUGUGAGAUUUUCGCAAGCCAUGCUCAAAGGCCUCCACUCUCAUGUCAGCUAUGGUGCGGCAAAUAAGUCGUCAAGGCAACAUAUCCUUACUCAUCUCCGCUCGGCUUUGAGGACAUUUGCUGAAGCCGUUGAGGCGGACACGUCAGAAAAAACACAAGCAAAGGCGAGGAAAAUGGUGCGAAGGUUGAGGUCUGAAAUUGCUCGAAAUCUUCAGGAUCAAGUCCUGAGGAAUGACCAAGUUCCUGAAGGAAAUCGCACGCCGAUCGAUUUAACAGAUCGAGAAGAAAUGGGCGCUACUGAGAAGAUAAACCGCUGGGGUAUACCAACGCCUGAUCUGGAUUUCCAUGCCGGGUGGCAGGCUGAACCAGGUAUGCAGGCCAAGUACCAGUACCAUUCUGACCCAUCUCUGAGCCUCCCUACAAGAUCAGAGAGCUCCGUGGAGCAGAGCGACGUAGAAGUGUCACAACGUGAUACCGCGCAGAUAUAUGGAACAUCUAUCGAUCCAGUUGAAGUCAUGAAGCACUUUUCAACGCAUUCAGCGUUUGACAGGCUCCUUCAAACAACGCAGAAGCUCUUCGAACGAUUCCACAGUCCAAAGAUGGAUUUGGUACGUCAACGAACAUCCCUCUCCCUUCGUCGCCACUUAGGAAGACAGGGAAGCAACAACAGUGUCGCGACUUUUAACCUCGACUGGGACCUACAUGGUUUCUUAAUCGCAAAUUAUGAUGAUGGUGUCCAUCAAAAUAUUGACAAGAUACUUGCCGUCACCGGUACAAUGGGAAAUGCGCAGCUAUGCUCAGUUGGUCAAUACUUUGCAUGGGCCUGGCCAGGUUACAAAUUCCAGCUGUUGGAGGGACUACAGUCAGCACUGCGUGGUUCUACAAGCAAAAAUCGACGACACAAGAGGCUUCCAGCGGGACGCGUGACUGUGGACUCGACACUUCGCAUGCUAACAGUUCAUGGAGCCGAAGAUUUCAUCAUUGCUAUUGCGCAGCAGCUCUCUUGGUUGAUAGCAGUUUGCCAAGAAAAGCAGGAUCAGCUUUCUCAUGCCUACGUGGGCUUCUUUGAGGCGGAUAGUCCUGAAAUAACUGGCAUCGCCACAUUCGACAUCGAUGUUAAACUCGAAGUUCCACCGAUUGAGCCUACUGGCAGUUGCUGGAACACGAUAGUCGGUCCUGCGGUUAUCGUUACUGGAUUUCCCCUCCCUGACCGCCAUCACAACGAACAGGGGCUUGAGAUAUCGAUACCUGUCAUGGCGGCUCUCUCGGACACUCCCCAGGCCGUCAGCUACAGAGGUGGUUUUGUUUUCAAGGCCAGACACCAUGCUCUCAUACCCAUCAAGGACUUUGGAUCGUCCAUACAAUGGCAUUUGAUAGACACCUAUCCUGAGAGACUUGAGUGGACUCAUAUCGACAGAGCAUGCCCUACGAGACUUGGAGGCGCAAUUAAGAAAGAUUUCUGGAAUCGCCGCUCAUUUCUCGGGUGGUGCCCGCAAGUCCUUGAGCUUCUGGCAACGUCAAGCUUUGAUCAUGCGUCUGUACAGUACUCCAAGGCUGUGAAACCCCCGAGAUGGACCCAGAUUGAUAAGUUCACCAUCGGAUUUAGCCAGUGGGGAACAGCUACUGCUCAAAUAACCUUUGGCAAGAAAGAUGGUUUUCGAAGCUUGCGACCAGAUGAUUACGAAACGCUACUUGAUGAUGCGAAGCAUACUCAUGUCAUUUUGCAUGACACGACUCACAAACGCGCGUUUCAAACUAAUGCAGAGGAUCUGAUUCUUAACAUUCUUCUCCAUCGACAGAGUUUACAUCUAUCAGGACAAUCACAAAACCCGACAGAGAAGAAGUUAGUGGAUAUUAUCCACGGUGCAGAUAUAAGUAGAGAAAGAAUCUCAACUCGUGCUGCUAUGCUUAACAACGCUGAGAAGGUCUUUUCUAUCCGAACAUCGAUGUCCAACGCUAAAAAGGAAGAAACCCGGUUUAAAUACGAAGCGAAACUGCUUUACUCGACGAUCGAUGGGCUCUGGGCUCAGUCAUAUGCAAGUGGUGACACGGCCGUAAAACUCGGCGUCGAGUUCGGACAGAAUGUCACUGGAUGGGAGUAUAUGGAUGUGGUCAACAACGUCAAAGUGAUAUUGCCCAAGUCAGUCGACUUGGAAAAAUCAUGCGGGCGCUGGAACGACUACGCAAAAGACAUCGAAGCCAUUGUCCUGUUCGGAGCCAACUUUGGGGAUAUUCUCAAACCGGGAUCAUCAGAACUGUGCUCCAAUUACAAAUUUCUGCCAAGAGAUGAGUGUUACUUGGGCGUUCGAGUAAAUGCACUCCAGUGGCUUUUUGAUCGGCAGGGGUCUUCACAAGACCAAAAGAAACUGUCACCGUCUGGCCUUACGCUUCAGGGAUCGCAAGAUCUGUUCAAGCCAUGUGUGGGCACAUGCUCUGAUCAUGUGGUUCGAAUCGUGAAGCAGUCAAAAGGCCAUUGCCUACUCCAUCUUGAAGAGAACGGUGCGGUCAUUAUCGGCGACGCUCGAGGGGCUUUGCUCCCCAAGAUGUUUGGCAAGAAUCGGCAACCGCAACAGAAACCGUCUCGAGCUCAGCGCCAAGAACGACAGGCUUUGUACCGUACAGAAAGGGAGACGACCCCGAUGACGGGUUUACAGUCCCGAAAGCCUAAUGUACCUCCGAAACAGAUCGCUUCUUACAACAGAACAUCAGAGAAUACAACAGCGAGAAGACCCAGAUAUGAGAUGUCUUCAUCAUCAACUGUUAGCAGUGGACCCUGGAGCGGAUCUUCAGUCACAGAUGGGAUCGCCAGUUCGUCGUCCAUUUCUUCAAGUCCAUCGAUGAGAACUUGGAGUAGUAUAGUCGCUUCUAAAACUAAGAAAGUUGAGUUUGAGGUCAGAGUGGAUAACAAGGCUGAACAAAGACCAGCGGCGUAA